GAGCUCAUUCUGCCCCGUGCUGUCGGGGCUGGGCUGGGGGGGGGCCGUGCUUCGGUUUUGUUCACGGGGGAAUCGCUGACCUUGGAAUGGCUCAUCAGCGGGAAUUGAUACCGAUAAAAGCAUCGAUCGAGAGCUCGGCAGAGCAAAAGGAGGAGCCCAAAUUCCCCCAAACGUGUGCGGGGACCCCCCCAAAAGCCGCUGACAGAAAAACCUUCCCCUGAGCCGAUAAACGCAGAGCAUCCUCAGCCCGGGGCCGGGCGCUCGCCUUCCCCGAGCGAAUUCCUGAGGAUUCUCCACGAAAGGAUGCAACCUGCCGCUUCCUUGGGAACUAGUGGCUGCCUGCAGUAAGUGAAGGCGGCGGCGCAGGGGGUGGGGAGCACGGGGCUGGUCACGAACACCGGGGGCACGCCGCGGCGUCACGGCAGCGAGCCCGGCGCUGCAGCGGAGCCGCCGCGAUGUCCCUCUCCGACCAGCAGCCCGACUACAGCCCGCUGGGCAAGGGCAAGAGCCCCGAGAGCUUCCCGGCCGCCUUCCACCGCAUGGAGCCCCCGAAGGACUUCGGCAGAACCGAGUUCGAGUGGCAGAGGACCGAGGGGAAGCUGAACGAGAUCGGCUUGAACGUGAACGCCGGGGGACCGAUUAAGGACGGGCUCGUUAAGAACGCCGGUUUCACGGAUGAGGACAAGCUCUGCUUCUUCGAGGGAAAGCUAGACAAAGAGCUAAAAAUAGCUCAGAAGGACAAAAGAGAAAUUGAGGUGCCGGGCAAGAAAUACCAGGCGGCUGCAGGUCACCUUGAGAGCUGGUCCUUGAUUUCGGAAACCUUUCCUCCUGCAGAAGGCAACUUCGGGAACCCUAAAGCCACCGAUUUCCGCGUGGGACAGGCGGCAGCCGAGAAAGCCGGUCCCGGGCUGGGUAGAAAUGAAGCCAUCACCGACCAGGAGAAAGCCGUGGGUAAGGCUGGGAUGGAGACCAAGUGCCAGCCGGAGCCAAAGCUGCCCCAUCUAUCCGUGCCGGAGAGCGAUCCCGGCAAAUACAUGAAGGAGCAGGAAAUCAGCGUGUGGAACCCCAAUUUCCAGCCCAUCCUGCCGAGCGACUCGGGCUCUAAAGAAGCGGCCGUGAAGAAAGACGGAGCCCCCGGCUAUGGUGUCCUGGGGCUGGUUAAGGACAGCCGCGGGCAGAGCGGGCUCUCUUCCCCCGCUCCCGCAGCCAGAGGGGUCCCUCCGACCACCACCGUGGAGCUGGCCCAGGACGAGUCCAAGAGCAGCGAGCUGAGCGAGAGCCCCGAGCUGGAGGAGGAGAUGGACGAGCAGCUGGGCUCGGAGGGCAGUUCGCUGGCCGGGGCUGCCCACCAGAGGAAGGCGAUGAGGCGUGCGAUGUCAGAGUGCUCUCACUUGUCGGUGCCCCUAACCCUUAACCUGGCCGAUAAAUACCCUGAGCCGGUGCUUAGAGAAGACGUCGCCACCGGGCUGCUCUCUCCUCAUAGCAGCCUGACCCAGAGCCGCAGCCCCACGGCCGGCAAGCCGAGCUCGCCCAUGAAGAGGUCGCUGACGGUGGCCGAGGAGCGGGCGGCCGCCCCGCCGAGCCCCGGCCCCGGCGCGCAGCCCCCGGCCCCGGCGCGGGAGGAGCCGGCCGCCGAGAAGCGACAGGAGCGGGACGGCGGCAGCUCGCUCAAGAAAGAGCCGGGCAGCCCGAGCGUGGUCCGCAGCAAGCUGGAGCAGAUCCCCGAGCUCGGCAGCCAGGACAAAGAGCGGCAGGAGGCGGCGGGCGAGAGGCACCGGAGGGACGGCGGCGACGGAGCGCCGGGGCUCGAUGCUGCCAAAGGCAAAGGCGCCGAGCUGGAGCCCGGCAAAACGGCUCCUCCGGAGAGGAAGGAAAUCGAGGUCAGCAGCGUGCAGAGCUCUCCGUCUCCCAAGCAAGGAGAUUUCCCAAGUGAUGCCAAGCCAGAGGAGGCCAAAGCAGCCGAGGCCGUGAGUGGGAACGACAUCACAGCUCCUCCCAACAAGGAGCUCCCACCCAGCCCUGAGAAGAAGACCAAGCCUGCUGCAUCCACCUCCACUGCCAAGGCGGCGAAGGCCAAGGCCUCGGCCAGCAGCAGCCCCAAGCGGCCGAGCUCGGCCACCCCGGGCACAACCAAAAAGCCCACGAGCCCAACUGCAGCUCCUGCUCCGGGCAGCACCUCCAAACGCCCCGGCACCAGCAGCACCCGUCCCUCCACCCUAACUCCAAAAGAGACUAAACCAAAGGUCGCGGAUGCGAAGCCCGCGGAGAAGAGAACCUCCCUCUCCAAGCCUCCAUCCUCCACCACCGCCAGGACUCCCUCCAGGAGCUCCUCUGCCGCUCCGCGCACCACGGCGCCGUCGCCGGUGACGGCAGCGGCCGCCGCCAAAACCACGGUGGCCGCUGCUGCCAAGAGGCCGAAUUCCAUCAAGACGGACGCGAAGCCGGCAGAUGCCAAGAAAACCCCUGCAAAGUCUCCCACAGCAGACUCCAGCCGCCCCAAGAGCGCUGCCGGCAGUGCCGCCAAGACCGGCGCCAUUGCUCCUUCCACCAAGGCCAAAGCCACGGCCCCCAAGGCCGCCGCGGCCUCCACGGUGUCGGCGGACGCCAAGAGAGCCCCGGCCAAGGCCGCGGGCAGCAAAGGCGGCACCGGCACCGGCACCGGCACCGGCACCGGCACCGGCGCCCCCCGAGCGCCGCGCCCGGCCAGCGCCGCCGGGCCCGACCUCCGCAACGUGCGCUCCAAGAUCGGCUCCACCGACAACAUCAAGCACCAGCCCGGCGGGGGCAAGGGGAAAAUAGAGAAAAGGCCAGAGUCAGCCGCCGCCGCGCCCAGCUCUGAGCCCAGCGCGGGCACUAAAGUGGCUCCUAAAGUGGCAGCAAAAGAGGGGGUCCCCAAACAGCCCAAUGGGAAAGUCCAGAUAGUCUCCAAAAAAGCGAACUACAGCCAUGUUCAGUCCAAGUGUGGUUCCAAGGACAAUAUUAAGCAUGUCCCUGGAGGUGGGAAUGUGCAGAUCCAGAACAAGAAAGUCGACCUUUCCAAGGUGUCCUCCAAGUGUGGCUCUAAAGCAAAUAUCAAGCAUAAGCCAGGGGGAGGAGACGUCAAAAUCGAGAACCAGAAGCUGAACUUCAAGGAGAAGGCCCAGGCCAAAGUGGGAUCUCUGGACAACGUGGGACACUCGCCGGCCGGAGGAGCCGUCAAGGCGGAGGGCGGCGCGGAGCCGGAGAACGGAGCGGGGCCGGGCCCGGGCAGCGCGGAGCAAAGGGAAACGCAGAGCCUCGACACUCACAUCCAAGAAACGAGCAUCUAAUGAUGACAUUAUGGUAUCGUCUUCCAUUCCCCUCCUGUCCCUUGUCUCCUCCUCUCCCCGCGUGCCCUUGUCCCCUGCCCUU